AUGACUGCUACGAUUGACCUUGAUGGUUCGGGUGUACUUCAUCCAAUCACUGUGCUCUGUGACUUCACAAGUAAGAGUGCCACUUGACUCGCACAUUUCCCCCAUCUCUUGUAAAUCUGACGGCUCAGUUUGGUUUUUGUGUCCAUGGAAAUUGCAGCCUUCGCCUUGUCUCGUUUUAGGAGAACUGUAUAUUCCGUGGUAGGGGACGCUCACCAAUCGGUCUUACGGAACGCACCCGUUCCGUUGUGCCUUAUGGGCUCUCCCUCGAGCCCAACCAGCAGCCGCACAGCGGUGCAUGAUAUAGGUAGAAUGUUAUUACCGAAAAAGGCAAGGGAGACUGGAAUGGCCAUUUCUGGCUUAUUUGCCGUCGUCAGCCAGUCAUACCCAAGCCCGUAGUGUGGAACACCCGAGGCUCGAACUCGCGACCUGUCAGUUAGAAGUCCACGCCUCUAACCACUGGGCCACGAGCCCGUUGCCCUGUCGGUUUCGAUCGGGAAUAUACAAUGGUAGAGGGGCGCUCACUGACAUUCUGCCUAUAUAAUGCGCCGCUGUGCGGCUGCUGGUUGGGCUCGAGAGAGAGCCCGUAAGGCACAACGGAACGAGUGAGUUCCGUAAAAACGAUCGGUGAGCGCCCCCUACCAUUGUAUAUUCCCGAUCGAAACCGACAGGGCAACGGGCUCGUGGCCCAGUGGUUAGAGGCGUGGACUCCUAACUAAGAGGUCGCGAGUUCGAGCCUCGGGUGCUCCACACUUCGGGCUUGGGUAUGAAUGGCUGACGACGACUAAUAAGCCAGAAAUGGUCAUUCCAGUCUCCCUUGCCUUGGUCGGUAAUGAAAUUGUGUAUAUUCCGUGUUUCCGUCAGGUCAGAGGUUUCUCUAGCACCUUACUGAAUAUAACGCUGUCUACGAUCAAGCUUAUGCGAGUCAAAAAUAGCCAAAAGGGUACCUAAAAUAUAUCAAAACACUGGGCCUUCAGAAGUUGCCUUGAUGCAUAAAUUUGCUAACUGGUGCAUUUUUUCGAUCACUUCAUUCCGUUAGAUCCGACGAUGACAGAAACCCAGGUAACGCACACCGAUAUGGGCUUCAUGACCGUGGAUGGAUUCAACGCCCCCGGAUCCUACCGCCGUGUACUAGACUACGGCCAGGCUUCACGCCAGGCGCUCGCCGAACUCGUUAGGCGGGCCUUCACCUGCGAGCAAUCUGUCGCCUACCGAUGUUGGAAUGCCAAACUUCUAGCCAAACCCCAGGGUAAGACUACUCACAAGUAAUAAGUAGCACUCACUAUGUGCUUAAAAUGGUGCAAAAGAUGUAAACGGAGUGUACGACGCGUACACAGGCUCUUCGGCAUUCGACAUUGAGGACCCCUACAUUUUAGGUUUCGGAAACGAGCUGACCUGGGGCUGGUGGGUGAGCAGAACGGGCCGUCCGAGAUACUACUGGGGAGGUGGAGUACCCGGAUUGACGCGCUGCGACUGCGGUGUUCGUGGAACCUGCACCGGAAACUCCCAGACCUGCAACUGCGAUAGUGAUGGGUCAGACACUCCACCUCUGGUCGACACCGGCCUCUUAGCCUUCAAGGUAUGGCAAUAAGUUCCACUGCAUAUUUGAUGGCCUUUGAAAUACGAACGUGUUGGCGACGGAAUAAACUGAGUCCAUCCGGAGAAGGAGGAACACAGUUCACAGUUUUUAUUAUUUUGCGUUCAAACACCACUGUCUAAAAGUACCUCAGCCCCCUAAGAUUUACUUUAAAUAUCAGUUCUUAACUCAUCUUAGUGUCAGGGUUUCGAAAGUGGUCAGGUGCUUCCAUCAUAUGGCUCGUCAGUAGUUUGAGCACUGUCCUCAAUUGAGUCGCCCUCACAGCAUCUCGCCUAACAGAGUGUAACAAGUUCAAAUGAGGCCUCUUGAUCAAAAUAUAAAAUCAUCGCCAAGUUAUGCUUUAGGUAACUUGUCUGGUUUUGAUGUUUAUAAAGUAAGAUGGGUCCUGAAAAGAUGACUUAGAGGCAGUCUUUGGAGAGGCCGCCACUCUAAGUCAUCGACUAAAAGUAACGAGACCGAGAAGGUUUUUUCAAACCAUACUGAUUUUGACCUAAUAUUUCUCGCCCUGUCAUGACCCUUACAUUACCAACCGUAUAUUCCAGGAGAAUAUGAUGCUUUUGCAUGCUCUGAUCCGUUUCUAACAAUAAACAAGUCAACCUAGGAGCAUUACCGCUGUGAACGCUGGACCUAUUGCAAAUGAGAGCCUCAAGAUUCGUACUCUCAACUUUUGCACCAUUAUUUUGAGCAAAAUUUUGAAGAGUUUUUAGCAAGAAGGUUAGGAUUUUUCAAAAAGAUGCAUGCUUUCUUCUGAAUUUCUUUGGCAGUCUAGAAGUGAAAUGUGAAAGAGGCAAUUUCCGCAAUUCAGAAAAGUAUCUGGCGAGCAUACGCGUGCUUUCGAUAAAUUCUCAUCGGCCCCGUACAUUUUUAUGGCGACCAGGUACAAACUGAAACGUGUGAGCGAUAAGAGCGAUCGAUUAAGGUUAGUCUUUUCAUACAGACGGGGCAUGUGAAUAGAGGGGAGGGAAGGGAGGAGCGGCAGUAAGCGACAGCGAGGGUUAGGUAAAGCCGUGUCACAAGGGCGAUGGGGGGGGGGCGGGGGCUCGGAGACAUGCAUACAGUUUAUCGAUCCUUGCUCACAGUAGACGCGGAGCAUGCAAGAGGUUCUCCCGCGCGCACAGGACUGGCCUCUGUAGCCAGACGGCAGUCGCUUCUGCCGUUGCUAUUAAGCGCUGACCCGGUCGUUUAGGAUAGUUAGGUAGGACCUUGUAAAUCGCGCGGAAGACUUCGUUGGGAUCCACACGAUGCCCAGAAUCAACCAUGUGUGCGAGGAUGGAGUUGUGUAUGCUCUUGACUUCACCUUUCCUCAACCAUGCCGGCAAGUAUUCUCGUAUUCUUGCGGAUAGGCGCCGACUCGUACGACCAACAUAGCCUGCUCCACAGGAGCAAGUAAAGAAGUAAAUGCACAUGAAGGUGGUCUGUGCUUGUGGCCUGUACUUACCUUCCCCGCGUAAGAUGGGGUUGUUCAAAACAAUUCUUGCACUCUUGCUGCCGGGAAGGUCCGUGAAACGGCUUGGUCAAGACGACUUCUCAGGAGCUCACUCGCCACGUCCCCUUUGAGGAACAGAGUUUACCUUUCCGUCGUCGGUAUGAUUAGUUUUGCCGGUUGUUCGGCAAGAUUCCUUACAAUAAAUCUGUCAGGAUACCCGUUCUCGUGAAGCAUGUCCUAGAUUCUUCUUAUUUCCUUAUUAAAGUUUACUGUUGAACAGAUUUUUCUAGUGGUAGAAGGGCGCUCACCGAUCGUUCCUACGGAACUCACUCGUUCCGUUGUGCCUUACAAGCUUUCUCUCGAGCCAAACCAGCAGCCGCACAGCGGCGCAUGAUAUAGCCAGAAUGGUAUUACCAACAAAUACAAAGGAGACUGGAAUGGCCAUUUCUGGCUUUUUAACCGUCGUCAGUCAGUCAGCGCCUUUCUACCAUUGUAUAUUCCCGAUCGAAAACCGACAGGACAACGGGCUCGUGGCCCAGUGGUUGGAGGCGUGGACUUCUAACCAACAGGUCGUGAAUUCGAGCUUCGGGUGUUCCACACUUCGGGGUUGAGUGUGCCUUGCUGAUGACAGCUAAUAAGCCAGAAAUGGCCAUUCCAGUCUCCCUUGUCUCUGUCGGUAGUACCAUCCUGCCUAGAUUUUUUUGGCUCUUUGAACCAAAAACCGCACUAGAUUACGUUUCUGCUGAAGGGGUUACGAAACUAUAGAAGUUCGUAUAUUGCCCAGACCAGGUGUCCUUUCGAUAGACGCUUCUUCGAAUGCUGCCGUCAGCCUUUAUGCCUAGAAGGAUGUCUAGGAAAGGCAGCUGGGGUGGAAUCACCCCAGCGUAAACCUGAUCGACGACUGUGCUUGAUUUACAGCAUCCUUUACUUGCUCCUGUGAAGCAGGCUAUAUUGGUCGUACUAGUCGGCGCCUCUCCACAAGAAUACGACAAUACUUGUCGUCAUGGGUGAGGAAAGGCGAAGUAAAGAACAUACACAGUUCCAUCCUCGCACACAAGGUUGAUUUAGGGCAUUGUGUGGAUCCCAGCGAAGCCUUCUGUGUGAUUUACAAGGUCCUACCUAACUAUUCUAAACGACCGGCUCAGCGCUUAAUAGUAACGGCAGAAGCGACUGUCGUCUGGCUACAGAGGCCAGUCCUGGGCGUGCGGAAGAACCUCUUGCAUGCUCCGCGUCUACUGUGAGCAAGGAUCGAUUGCAUGUCUCCGCGUCCCCGUCCCCGCUCACUUUUGUGGCACGGCUCCGCCUAACCCUCGCUAUCACUUACUGCCUCCUACCCCCUACCUUCCCCCCUCUACUCACACGCCCUAUUUGGAUGAAACAGACGAACCUUAAUCGAUUGCUCUUAUCGCUCACACGUUUCAGUUUGUACCUGAUCGCCAUACCAAUGUACAGGUCCGAUGAGAAUUUAUCGAAAGCAAGCGUAUGCUGACCAAGUGCUCUUCUGAAUUUCCGCCAAUUUAUAUUUCCGAUUAGAAGUAACUCCGGAAGGGAAGGGUACUUGUAUAAAACGAUUAAAAAUAAUUAUUACUUGGUUUUCGGACUAUAACAAGUUGAUUUACCAAUUUGUUUGUGCGCCUAGAGCUGUGAGUAAUGCAGUGGCAUCAAGGUCGUAGCGAAUAAUUGCAAGUAUGUUUUUCCUGAAACAAAGAUUGCAGACCCCCCGAAACCAGUGACCUUGUCUGUGUAUUCUAUGCUGAACUAGGUAAAGCACUCGUUCCUGACCGCCUUCAGUACGGCUUACAAGAGAAACGAAGGUUAAAAUCGCUCCUUUUUGGGAAACAAGCCGAAAAAUAAAGCAUCAAGUUAAUCAAAGCGCAAAAUUAAAUUGCAUGCGAUUAUUGGGGCUUGGCACAUUAUGCUUACUUUUUGGACAAAGUACAACUUUAGGUCAGAUGUUGUUAUGUAGCCCUACCUGAAGUACACAAACCCCAGCCACCUGUAAUACGGGACAGGUGAUAAAAGGGGUUUUUACGGGUGGGGCCGGGGAACGCACAAGCGACAAGAUCAAGUAGUUAUAUACAAAAGAAAAGCUAUUGGAAAUGCUCGGUUUUACUUUGAGUGGUUUGUGAAAUAGUUGCUCUAACCCCUUACCCUAACCCCUAGUCCCAACCCCGAUACUACUGUGUCCAUCAGGUGGGGCUACAUAGCCACAUCUUGCCCAGGUUUUUUCUUAAACUAUGGGAAUGUUCGAACACUAGUUUCCGAUUGCCGAGAUCGCACAUGGUCUUGCCGCAUAACAUCAGGGACCUCGUCUGCUUUCUAUUCAAUCCCUGAUGUUUCUUUUCAACUUCUUUUCUCCUAAAACAGGAAGAUCUUCCAGUUUGGGAGGUCCGUUUUGGAGAUACAGGUAGCCUCAGUGACAAUAAAAAGGCCGAGUACAGUGUCCAAGAGCUGCGCUGUUUGGGAGACCGUCUGUUUGACAAUACCGUGACAUUUGUCAAACCGGACGCCAACAUUGAGCUACCUCUCAUUUACGCCGAGUUCGAAUUUGACAUGAGUUUCCUCUUCAAGACCACUGUGACAGAUGCAGUGUUGAUGCAAAAUGUCGGGCGCAAAUCGGGCCAUUUUUUUGAACUUCGGAUCCGAAGUAAGUUGCAAUAUGGGACAGUCGAGGAUUUUCUUGCUUACUUUUAUUCCACCUUCUUCCCAUCCUCUUCCCUUUUCUCCUCCCCCUCCUCUUCUUUCACCCUCCUCCUCCUCUUCUUCCUCUUUCUCUUCUUCUUCUUCUUCUUCCACCACUUUUCCUGCACUUACUUCUGCGUUCAUAUUCUCUCCGUUUGUCUCUUCUCAUCACUUAGUAAAAUCCUAGUUUUUGUGGUAGUCGUCCAUCAGUUUUUUUUCACUUGAUCAUCUGUAGCUUCAGGUUCUCUUCUAGUAGACUUCCUAAUGCAUGAGGGUUUGGCGUGACUAACCGUACUUUUGACCUGGAUUCUGCCUCUUACAUUUGAUUUAUUUCAUUUCUAGAGGGGAUUUUUCUCUUAAACUUCUUGAUUUUUUCGCCGUUAGGUGGUUUCGCCUUCAGAUUCGCCUUCAACGUGGGCAACGGACUUCAGGUCCUGGAGGUGGUCACCGCCUAUUGGCUCAACAACAACCAAUGGCAUGUCGUCCGUCUCGAAAGGAACCGAAAAGAGUCCCGUCUCAUAGUGGACUCAAAUCCGGCCAGAAUUUUGGUUGAACCCGAGGAACGCUCAUUCCAGCGUUUUGAUUUUGAUCAGCCUCUAUUUGUCGGAACAACCCAGGUUAGUAGACAUGCAGUCUAUCUGGAAAACGACGCUGUCUAUAGUUUACUUACUUUCCGUACCGCGUGGCAUCAGACGGGCCACGCGCUGGACUAACAAGAGAUAUAGAUCAGGGUCCGGCAUGCGUUGACCGGGCUGCGCAUCGCGUAACAAAUGCCACAGACGGGUAGUCCGCCUAGGCGCAAGCUCAUCCCGCGUUGGCCACCUGCGUCCAAUCCCCGCAUCAGGUACCUGACCGGCUGGAAACGUAGACCUCUGCCGGGGGGAGGGGGAGGAGAUAGUGAGGUCGACUCUGCGGACUCCGUCCCACGGCACAACGCAUAUUCCUCACUAUAAACAAUCUGACGUGCUUAAAAAAUAUUGCUACACGCUAAAAGUCGUGGCUUGGAAGGGCACCAUUUGACGGGAUAAUGCGGUUCUCUCAGGGCAGAAAACCUGCCUGCAAUAGCUCCUUCAAAUGGCCCCUAUAGCACUCCCAAUCUGCGGGCGUCCGAGCCACUCCAUUCUUGUUUUUCUGAAAUCCCGGGCCUUGGUGCGCAGACCAGGCUCUAAUGACACGCGUAGACAAGCUGUCAGCGACAGCGCUCGACCCCGCCUCCGGUCGCACUGACUUGGUCUUAACACCGGUCCCAGCAGGGUGAGGGAGCAGAGAGUGCGGUAGAUGCUGCGCAAGUCCAAUCUCACUAUAAACUAUUUUACUCGCAACUUACUACCCCUGUGCCCACCAUGCUGCAGGGCAUACAGUAGGUGGGCUAACUCAUGAAAUGUCAAACGAAAUUUCGAAAUGCGUUUUCGCUUCCAAAAGAUUAACUAAGCAGAGUUGUAAAGCUGGUCGUCAUGCAGCGUAAUUCUAUAAUAAUGCAGUUACCUCAGGAUGCCGGCUUUCGAACGAAUUACGCCCCGGCUGCAUGCAAAAACUACACUCUGUAAAAAAUGACUACUUAGGUAGCAUGCAUUUUUCUCAUUGAUUUUCGACGCCGUCUUCCAACUUUUUGCCCGGAGAAAUGGUAUAAUUCGGUUUCCAAAAACUUUUCGGAUUCCCGAAUAAUUUUGAACCCGACGUGCCGCUACACCUACAUUCAGGGUUUCCAAACUACAAGCCAUAUAUUUUCUGAAUAGGGAAAACCAUACAUUUAUCUACGGUAUUAAGAGGAGAUCAUAUGGGGUUCAUAAAAUUUAUCAGUGCAUUUGAUCCAUACUGUUAACUUUACAAGCCACAUUGUUAAAGGCAGAGACAUGACGUUUUACGAACGGCUAUCUCACGGUAUUAAAAAAUCUCAGAAUUAGAAACUUUUUAAAACCGAAUUAUACACUUUAUCCGAGUAUAAAAUUGGAAGAAGACGUAAUUUUCGACCGAAUGAGCAAAGGAAUGAGUAUUUUUACGCAUGCUUUCUGUGAAAGAUGAUUGAACUUUUAAGGGCAUCGAAAAUCAGUGAGAAAAAAAUGCAUGCUACUUAACUAGUCAUUUUUUACAGAGUAUAGGUCUUGCAUGCAGUCAAAAAGAAGCUUUUUCGAGAGCCGGCGUCCGGAGGUAACUGAAUUGUUAUAGAAUUAUGUUAUACAGUUAUAAGUUUUACUACCCUACUUAAUUAUGCUUUUCAAAACGAAAACGCAUUUCGAAAUUUCGAUUGACAUUUCAUGAGUUCGCCCACCUACUGUACGAUGGACAUUGUCCUUCGCAAUGGCUGAACUGAUGCUGUUUUGGAAUCGAUUCACCUGGACUUGCGUGACAGCUCUUUGGACCAGGCGUGUUGAACUUACACCCGUAAGGGUCAGAAAAUUGAGCCGAGCGGUAACUGGGGAGGAGUGGGUGUCUGAUCAAGAAAUACAAGGGACACUGGACGACUUCCAUCUUGCUGUUUUAAUCGUUAGCCAGUCAUAUCUAAACUUGGGUUGCCGACAAGACAUGAAUUAUUGAGCUGACUGGUGAAGCGUUACGUUGCAUGGCUAGCCGGACCCGGCUCGAACGCAAUUGCGUCCUCACAAUGUCGCGGAUACCCGUGCGCCACUUGAACGCGCCACCCCCUGCAACCAGCAAAACAAGCCACUGCAACACCACCCCUCGGCAAAUGCAACACACAGUGACUGGCCGCCACUUGAGCUUGGCCCACGAGCCUACAAAAGCGGCUGCCACCAAUAUCUCAGGGACUCUCAGGCAUGACUGGACGCAGUCAACACCAGCCCUGGCUUCACCAGUUGCCACUAUCGCCUGAGAGGACAACUCCGGGUUCUGUGCACAAUAAACCCCUCAUUCAGGUUCCUUCUGUCGUCUCCCUUCCAACACGGGAUUCGACCUGGUGGUUGUAGCGCUCAGAGCACUUAGUCUCACUGCUGUGCCGCUACAGCCACUAAUGGCAAACAAGCUAGGGAUGACAUUUGUCGCUUUUCCGUGCCUUUGCCGGUAUCGCCUACUCCUUACUAGGUGACCACCUGUAAGCAUUCAGGGUUAGAAUUUCGAACCAAAGCGAGAGGCCUGCACCCCCAUUCCACAAUCCGAUGUGAUCGGUUAACACCAUUCGUGCAUGUUUCGUUCUAAUAUGUGGCAGUGCUACGAACAGUUCAGAUGAAAGAUGAGACUUAUGCAAACAAAAUAUUCUUGAAAUCUUAGUAUGAAUCGCUGCGUAUCAAGAAGGGAUGAUUGAAACACCAGUGGAAUCGUAGCUCAUAUUCUAAGUGACCCACAUAUGAAGGGCAUACGGACUUGCAUAACUGUCGGACAUGCACCAACUGCACAUGAAGAGGAGGGGGAUAUUUGACGGAUGAUGGCACGGUUGUCUGUUGUUUUCCAUCUUUCGGCGCGUUUCUCGAAUUCUAUAAUCGCCGAGGAAAGUAUUCUGAAUAACAUUCAUUGGGAUCUUUCAGUGCGUAUUCUGUUUUUGCCUGUUUGGCACCAAACGCGCCUUCUUAGGAAGAUUUCAAACAAUGUUGACAUCUGACAUAAAAGAACUAGUGAACACAAACGGGUGUCUUUUGUAGGCCUUAUUCACCAUCUACAAGCAUUAUCUGCCCUUCUGCAUGAAGAUUCAAGCCAUUAAGAAUUCAAGUCUCAGAUCUCGCAUUUCAAAACCAACGACACAAACAGAUCAAACACUGUUAGCCCACAAUGAAUGGUAAAUAAUGCGAGAACAUCCUAAUCAGGACUUCGAGGUGACAUUAACUCUUGUCAAGGGAGUUUGACCAGUAUCACUCUUCCCUUACAGCCGGUUCUCACUGGCUUAAACGAGACACUGUCACACGACAAUCUCUGCCGUUCUUGUGCAGUACUUUCUCAAUCAGUCCCCUGAAUAUUAUAUCAUGCAAGCAGUGUGAUAUCUGGAAAUCAACUCCUGGCUUUCAAGGAAAGGAAUCAAGACGCACCUGAUUAGUACCAAUGGGGGGGAAACAGCAGCCUACAUCUUCCAACUUCGUAACAUGAUCCCAUUCGCACAAUCUAAGACCACAAUAACGUUACCGACAGUGCUUUUGUGAGCUUAAAGCAUCUAUGUCUCUUGGCGUGUCCACUAGGCCUUCACGGACGGUUACGUUGGCUGCCUCUCAAAUCUCCUGAUCAACGGCGUCGUGCAGGACAUUCGCGGGAUAGUGGAACGUGGCGAAACAACCUAUGGGCUUCGCGUGGGUUGCCAGCCACGCUGCGAGAGGAACCCCUGCCUAAAUCGGGGCCAAUGCAACGAAUAUUACUCACACUACUUCUGCGAAUGCGGCCUCACACCCUAUCGGGGCUUCAUAUGCGGUCGUGGUAAGCCAACUGCCCUUUGGACUGAAAUAAACUCUGGGAACUCAAUUUUUGAAACUGCAAACUAUAUUAGCUCACUAAUUAAAACCACCAAAUACCAGUUGAUAAACAGUUGAUCGCACUUAAAUAUCCUGAAAUUGCCAUUGAAUAGGGAAGAAGGGGAGCGAAGCGUCUGCAAAACUAAAGAAUCUAAACUGGUAUCGAAGGACUUGCUUAGUUCCCGAAACUACCCAACCCUUCGUUCGAAAUUAUAUUCCGAAGUAUCCAAUCAUUUGCCUUUGUUCUUUCUUUGUUAUAUUUUCACCAAAUAAUAAUUAGAUAUCCUUUUCGUCCGUGAUUCCAUCAGCGUUCGGUGGGACACUUGCUGUCGUUCUUAGUAAUUAACUUAAUUUUUAGUGUUCGAUUUUAAAUUAUUAUCAUUGCUUAAAUGAAUUUUCAAAAAAAUCUCUUUUGGCAUGUUUUUGUCGCAAAAUUUUGGACAACCUAAAACUCACUCCAGUUGCCUUUUAUUUUCUUGACAUGUAAUAAUCGCUAGGCAUGCGAUGUUUGGUGCAGUCUUCUUUGUACUUGCACAUUGAUCCACGCCGGAUAAAUUGACUAUUAUUAUGAGCCAAAUUACUCCGGAAUGCGUACAUAUUCAUUCAGUCUAUAUUUACUCAGUCAGCCUUCAUCCUUCCAUUGAACUCUUUUAGAGGUUGGAGCCACAUUUAACAAUGGUCCUAUGGUGAAGAUAGAUCUGCAGAACCUUCAUGACCGACUGGGUACGCUGGAUGAAUACAUAACCAUUGGCUUUAAAACAAAAUCCAAGAACGGGAUCCUUAUGGAGAUGCUGGGAGAGGGGAAGACGAACUAUAUAAUAAUUAGAGUUAACAACAAUGGCGGGAUAACUAUAGAAUUUGACGUCGGCUUCGGUCGCUUCGAGGUCACUACAGACUACAUAGUUGACCUGGCAAACGACCAGCACCACACUGUGGUCGCGUGGCGAACGCACAUCGGCCAAGUCUGGCACCUGCAGGUACGUAUGUCUUGAGGCGUUCUAACGACCUACUUACAAUUGCCAAGUAGAUACAUUUAUUUAUAAAAAACGUUUUUGAAAUUGAAGGUCGACGACUAUCCGGAAAUAGUGGCCAACUUCAGCUCAUUGCUUUCGGAAACGGCAGACACAAGGCUGGACAAGCCGAGGGCAAUCUAUCUUGGCCGUAAUGAAUCUAUGCCCUCAAACCGUGGCUUCGACGGGUGCCUGUACGCCGCUCAGUGGAACAGUUUCUUCCCCAUCCGCAUGCUCUUUGAAUCACCGAAGAAUCCAGCUGUCUAUUCUGAACCACCAAGUGCGUAAACCUGUCUAUCAGUAUUAAUCCAAUGCCGAGCAUUCUCUUGUGGGCGAAUUAUACACGUAGGUUGCACGAAAUAUCAUAUUUGAUAGCACAGGUACUAGCUAAGAUCCCAGACACGUGUUUCGCCGAUAUUGUACCCCUUCAUGACGCAGCCGCGAAGGUUUCGACUCAUCAAUAGGUUCCCUCCGUCCCACAUGGGCUUUCUGGUAGAUACUCCAGUUUUUUAGUAUAUCAGUCUCAAAUAGGCUGAUUUACUCCAUGUUGGCGAUUAAUUUCUGAGGAAAUUAAGAGGCUACAGUAUCACACACGGUCUAUGACAGAGCGGUGGGCCCACACUGAAAAAGCCGAGGGGACCGCUGGAGAUUUAAAAUGGGAGCAAAAAUGGACUUCAUUCACUAUGGACAGAGAAUAAGUUGGUAAAUUACUCAAGAGUUAAAAGUUUUCCGCAAAAAGAAACGACUAUUAUGGGGACAGUUCGAGUCCUAGUUUCUGUAUUUCUGUCCCUUCACAUGUAAGAUAGAGCGUCAGGAAUGGCAACACUAAAUGUUGACAUGCCGGUGUACGACAAAAGAUAAGUCAAAGGCCAGGACGCAUGGAUCGGGAAGACUUUGCAGAGCUUAGAUCAGAAUGCAGGGGAUAGGCAACGUCAUCCAGAAUUCGACCAGCAAAUUGCUUGACUGUUUUGAAAUGUCGUUGUAGAGUAAUAUCGGCUAAAAGGAGAUAAGAAAACGGCCGUAGAGGAGAGCAUUCGGAGAACUUGUCUUAAAACUAUCAGAGUUUUUUGAGCAAAGCAGAAAAAAUGACAUCAGAGCAAUAAAGGAUAAGAGGAAGAAUGCAGACAUCUAUGAAUCACCAGGUUAAGGUUGAGGUGUGUGGCGGAAACAAAGACGACGAAUGUAAUAAGGAAGUUUACGAACUUUAGUGAAAAGAGACUCAGUAUGGAGGGAAAAUGAAAGAUUUUAUGACAAAGCAUUCUCAACUGUAUCAUCUCUUACCUUUAUUGUCGCGCGUAUACGUGCAGGAUUGGUCUCCCACAAGGGAGAGUGAGAUUCGGUCACAGGGUUAGUCAAACAAUUGCUCUUUUGAAAAAUUUAGCUCGAAAGUGAUCACGAUCCAAAUCUGGCUAACAUAGUCCGGCUUUUCUACGGACUGGCUGUGUUUAUGUGGAUAGAAAAUUUGCGUAUUUUGACUCGCAUCAAUGGUUUUCUCCUUCGCAUGUGUCAUUUACUAGUCCAUUUCCACGUAUAACAGAAAGCCACGCUUUAGUUAUAAAUUUAUACCUGUCACCCGCAUUUGCAAAAGGUAACCAGUGAUUUCAUUCGUCUCCAUUAAAGAUUCCGUUACGGAAAAUAAGUGUGGAUUUGAAGAAAUCCUACCCCCACCAGAACCCCUGGAAAUUCGACCUUCUCCUUCGCUUCCGCCGAAUCUUACUCUCAUUGGCCGUGCCGAGGAAGAUCUGACACAACAGCGAAUAAUAUUCGGCGGUAAUGUUACAGUCUCACAGGCUGCUUACUUUUGUGAUCCGAAACGUCUCUACUUAUGUUUGUAAAGUACCGCCACUACUACGUUUCACCCUUAGAAAAUGCGAAAAAUGAGGUUUAUGAAAAGUGCACAGCAAAAUCAAAAAGCCACACUCUAGGUUAUGUACAUGAGUUUCCCUCAAGCAGAUGGCAUCGGUUGAUCCGCAGUCUUCUGAUUUUGCUCUUCAGGGGUAGGUGCUCAGGCUAUUUUCAUAUAAACACUCGAACUUAGGUCUAGAACGUGUCGGUUUCCUUUUUCAUUGUGUCUGGCUUGACCUGAUAGGAUGUACAGUUAGUGACCUAACUCGUGAAAUGUGUCGAACUUUACGAAUGAUUGCCAACCACUCGCAAACUGACACCAUUUCAUGAGUCAAAUGUCUAUUUUAACUAAGUACAAGUUUAAAGGAAGUAAAAACAUAAAAUAAAUAUUAUAGGCAGUGUUGCGUUGUUUAGAACUGUCGAUUUAUUUUGAAAAGCGCAAUAUCCCGAAAAUGUCAGAAAUGGUUCUAAUUAAGUAAAGUUAGUUUUUAGAUGUACAGAAUGUAUUCUUAUGCCAACCACGUAAAUUUGAAAGAUGACAUAAAAUAACGUCUAAUAACAGUGUUUUAGUGAAGUUUACAUCUAACUAUCCUCUAAUAAGCAGUGUGACCUCACAUAUGACGGUUUGUCAACUGCCUACAAUCAGGGUGUAGAUUCCAAAACAGUUUUCCAGUGUUUCGUAAUUUCCUUGACAAUUUGGAGUUAAAUGAGAUGGGGUUCAACAAGCGAAACUGGAUUUUGCUUGAUUUCGCCGAUGGGGACGUCGUAGGAUCAACAAUUUUUAUAAGGUGACAUGCCAUGAGGCCGGUCGGUGCCUAAUAAAUUUAAAUAGAACUGACAGGCGUGAUCGUAAACAUAGCAUUUUGUGUUUAUAGAGAGAACUUUUUUCCGUUAACUUAAUCUAUACUUUUCCUUCGUUUUGGAUUACGUUGAAUUUCAGAUCGGCCUCGAAAUUUUGCUGAAUACUUCAUGAUUUUCAGUGUUUUCAUCCGAUCGCCCAUAAAUACAGAUUCUCAAUUAUCUAUCUAUUGAGGACUUUAAAAUAAGACUGUUCUUGAAGGCAUUUACCGAAUUAGCGAGUGUUCGGGCGCUCCUUUUCACGAAGAUGGUCGUUUGGGUCACAUUUGAAUACUAAUUCAAACAUAAAACUUCAGUUUCGAGAAAAAUGACUGCCCACAACGAAAGUCACCAACGAAUAUGCCUUGGAUCAAGAAGAAAACUUUCCUGGGCAAACUAGUAGGGCGUUGCAUUAAUUAACUACCUGAACACUGUCUCGAAACCCCGGUCUUUUGGACCUGGCGUUUGGGUAUGGUGGGCUGAUAACGGCAGCCAUGGCAGAACUACCGAUUCUGUUCUCUUGAUCGGAGGCGGAUAUGCAAAGAAAAAGGCCACAUGAUCACCGGAACCGUGAUCAUACUCAUCCGAACUGUCAGACCCGUACAGGAGCUCAGCCUCAGAGACUAUGAAGUAAUAAUAACACACGAGCAGUUUUGCAAUCUGACAACCUCGGGAGGAGAAAGACAGAGGGGGAAGCGGUAGGUCCUUUGACUGAGACUCCAGUUAUGCCGUUUUGGGUUGGGGUCUGUCAACUAAUGACAACUAGUGAGCCCGCACCCUCUUCCUGUGAUCCCCGUGCUACUCUUGCACACGUGACAUCCGAGCAGCGCACCCCCAUCGUGUGAAAUCACCGUGCGUUGCGUGGGGCCAGGUCGUGUUAGUGGCACACGUUGACUAUUUUUGGUUCUGUCAACCACUGCGUCCAGUCCCGCCAUCGGUUGGUUUGCCAGCUCGGACACUCAGCUGGUGCACGGAUGAGGGUAGAGAGAGAGAAUGUGGUUGACCUUCGGGAGUCCACCACCAGGGAACUUCGGCGCAUUUAUCACUACAAUUAUCACACACUAUCAUCACGCAGACAUGCAGUCCCUUUUAAUUCUAUGUUGGAAGUGCAUUCACAGACCGCGUUACGUGAGACGCUCAUCGGUUGUGCUUUGGGAUUUAACCUAGAACCCCACAGGAGACCGCACAGCCGCUAGUAAUCAAUGCAAAAAGGAAGACUGAGAUGGUCAUUCCUGGUUUAUUAACCGUCAUCAGCCAGUCUUACCCAACCCCAGGAUUGGGGAUACCUGGGGAUCGAACCCGAGUUCUUCUGAUUAUUGAGCGUUAGUAAGUGCAACGCUCUAACCAUUGAGCCACAGUUUCAUUGACCUGUCGGUCGCGAUCGGGAGUAUUUAGUAGGUUGGAACUGUGUUCAUCGAUCGGGUCACGGGCCACAUUCAUUCUUACGUCCGUUAAUAUUACCUGAACAAUAGGUUCCCUAAGCCCUCUUCAAUUUUUUUUCUGGGUCUGCAACUCCGGGGCUUAGCAAACCUCGGGUAAAAUCAGGGCUUCCAACAUCCUCCCCAUGCAAUCUUGCCUUCUUUUCUCCUCACUGCAGUGGUUGGAAGCCUCCUCGUGUUGACUGUUCUCGUCUUGCUGAUCGUCUUCGCCAGGAACUUCACUCUCAAGCGCGGCGACUACGAGACUCGAGAGGCUAAGGGAGCGAAGAAUGUGGAGACCGUCGAUCAGGGCAUCGCAUCGGCCCAAACUGGCCAGCCGGACAUUCGCAGCAAGGAGUGGUAUUUGUAG